AUGACAACACCAACUUUCCUGUCCCCAAACCACAAUUCCAAGGAAGACCCGACACCCGACCCUCUCCUCCUCACAAUCCGCUUCUCAGCCUCAAUCCCCGACCUCUCACUAGACGUCCUCUACCCCGAAACAACCACAUCAGCAGGCCUAAAACAACUAAUCCGCGCCCGACUCUCACCAAACCUCUCCUCCCACCGUCUCCGGCUAAUCUACGCCGGUCACGGUCUUGAAGACACCGUCCCGCUCUCCGUCUCCCUAAAACUGCCCCCCUCACCCGCCCGCUCGCCCAGAUUAGCCUCCGACGAUGAAGGCACCGAUCUCUCAAAGGGAAAGGGCAAAGCGCCCGUCCGAGAACCACCUCGUCUGUACAUUCAUUGUUCGAUAGGCGAUAUCGUCCUUUCAGCUACGGAUUUAGCGACAGAAGCAUCGUUAGCAUCUACACUCCAGCAAGAGGAUCAGUCACAGAAAGAUGGUGAUCAGUCAGGUCUGCAGAGUCAACAUCAGCAGCAGCAUCAGACGUCCUCGACGACACCUGCGCCCCGUGGUUUUGACCGGUUGUUGUCGGCGGGGUUUACCCCCGCGGAAGUGUCGGCGCUGCGGUCGCAGUUUAUGGCUAUUCAAUCUGUAUCACGGACGCCAGAUACCAUGCCAAGUGGGGCAGAGUUGCGGGAACUUGAGGAUCGGUGGAUGGACGAGGGUUCGUCGGCAAUGGCAGCUGGGGGAGGGGGGGCUGGAGAGGGAGCGGGUUUCACGGAUGAUGAUGGGGGGUUUGGGUCGGGGUCGCGAGGGGCUAUGGAUGAUAUGCUUUGGGGCGCUGUCAUGGGUUUCUUUUGGCCGGUGGGAUGUGCGAUGUGGUUGAGGCGGGAGGAGGGGGUUUGGAGCUGGCGAAAGGGUUUGGCGGUAUUUGUUGGGGUGGUUGUCAAUCUUGCGUUUGGGACGAUGCGUAUCAUGAACUGA